AUGCCCCGGAAGCAUAAAACCGCUGCCACUGUUGCAGAAAAUCGCGAUGCUCAGCGCAGGUCCAGAGCUCGGCGGCAAGAGCUGAUUGCGGAUCUGCAGAGUCGGCUUGAGGAAUACGAGCGGAUGGGCGUGGAGGCCUCUAUUGAGAUGCAACGCGUUGCCCAGGCCGUCAGCGUCCAGAACCAACGCCUGAAGGACUUGCUUGGCGUCUACGGGGUCUCGGACUGUGAAAUUGAACGAUACCUGUCCUCCCCGGAGGAACACCAUCGGGCAUUAAAUGCAGGAUAUCGGUGCAAUAGUUGUGGACGUUUAUUACUUGGGACAACCAAAAAGAGUGCCAUGCCGACGGACGAUACGCUUCAGGGCUCAUCGUGGCCAGCACCAAGCAUGAAUGAAGACGCGGUGCCAAUGGUGUCAAAUCUAAUUGUCCCGACAGCUGGCCGAAAUCAGCCAUCAUCUACCGAGCCACUUUUGGAACUGAUACAGCCUCGGGAGGAUGACGGAGAAGUCUUGUUGCUUCGUGAAGAGGAGCCAACAUCUCAUCACGAAAUACGUGAGACGGACGGGGCUGGCAAUACAGCAGCUUCCAGUUCCUCAGCGCCAACAGACGUGCUCUCGCCGCUCUCUGACUCUUUCGAUUCAUCAAAUUCCAUCGUCCAUUCUGGCAACCGAUCUGAGCCUCUGGAAACAUCGUGCGACAAAGCUGCAGAAAUACUUGUCGAAUUUCACAGCCAGACAGACCCAUCGUGGGCUCGUUCCGCACUGGGGUGUCAUGGGGAUAACAGCUGCUCUGUCAAGAACACCAAGAUCUUUCAACUCAUGGAUCACAUUCACUAG